AUGGAACCUCCUUCGUCACGCCAGAGCCGAAUGGCUAUCGACUCUAUCCUCAAUCCUUCAAGGUCAUCAUCGGACUCCGUAUCUUGUACACCACCUGUCUCUCCAGCAUACUAUAACUACUCUUCAGAAGGCUACUAUCCUUCUCAUCGUCAUUCACAUCAUCACCAACGCCAAUACCCAUACCAACACCCCUACCCGGAGAGCACAAAAGCAUCCUUCUCUUUCUCUCAAAUACCGAUCAACUCGACAGAAUCCUCUCCCAGCCCCUACUGCAGAGACCGCUACGACUCCGUCUCCAGCAGCUCCAGUCUUACCGCACCAACGACCUCCUCAGUGGCCUCAAGAGCCUCCACCUCCUCCACAGCAACAACAGCAUCAACAGGCUUGGAAAUGGGCGACCGCCGCCGCCCACCACGGCCCAAGUACGAAGAAGAAGAAAUGUACUUCAUCUGGUACCACCGCGUCGAUCUCUGCCAGGAGUGGAAGGAAGUCCGUGAGUGCUUCAACCGGCAGUUCCCCAACCGCCAGCGCAGCGGCUUCCAGGGCAUCCAGUGCAAGUUCUACCGCUUCAUCAGGGACAAGAAGUGUCCUACUCUACGAGAACAGAGAAGGAUGCGCGAUGGGGAGUUUUUGCAGGGGCCGUCGAGUCCCCAGCAUAGCUCUUCUGGGUCAGAGGGGAUGGGACCGCCGAAAUUUGGGGUUGUUGAGUGGGUGGGAGUGUGGUAUCCGUGGAUGAGGGAGAAUCAAGAGCAGGUUAGGAUGAGGAAGAUAUCGCGUUGA